GUUGGUACUCCCGUGUGACAAUUGACCAAUCAGAAAGCCCAAUUUUUGGGUUCAAUUUAACGAACUUUACUAAAUAAAAAACAAUACUUUUUUACAAGUGAUUGUCAAGACAAAAGUGUCCGAAUAAAUCGUUAUAACCCCAUUUAUAGUGUUGUUGUUAUUUGAGGUUAGGUCACGCAAUUCGGGGGCAAAACCAUACAAAAUGUCUAAUUUUGAUAUAAUUGAGUUCGGCUUUAACACAGCUGAUGAAACCGUUAACUUCGGUACUCGAAGUUUAGCAGACGGAGACAAUUUAUACGAAGCCUCAACUUUAGCCACCCUUAGACCAUCAAAUGGGGCUGAUGCGAAUUUGGACCCUUAUAUCAACGCCGUUGUAAAAAAUGGCUCAAUUUAUUUCAGUAUUAAUAAUUCGCUGCGUAUUUUUGAUGACAAACAGUGCUCUUAUGUCGCUUUUAGUGCAACUUUUAGCGCUGUUGUGGACUCGUUUUGUGUCUCGUCCGAUUGCGAAUAUUUAUUAGUUUGUCUCAGGAAUGGCACAGUGCAAUUGAUUGACCAAAACAACGAAAAUAAAUGUGUUUUCACCGAUUCGUGUGAACGGGAUGAGGAUUGUGAUCGCUUCUUUAUCAAUUCUUUUGUUUACAAUUUAUGCUUUGUUUUUGUCACAAAACAGGGAAAAAUUUACCAACUGGACCCCAAACACUUUGAAUUGAAAUGUGUUCAUGUGUUUAAUUUUGCAACAAAUGUGGCGAGUUUUAAAGCCCCUUUUUUGCUACUUAGUGGUACAAAAUUGGCGGUUUUAAAUUUGGAAAGUCGUAAAAGUGUCAUUGAUUCCGAGGACAAUCAGUUUAAGAAAAUUUAUCCAUUAAGAAAUAAUUUUUUUGCCUUGGAUAUUGAGGGAAAAUUAUACAAGAUUUGCGCAAUGACUCUUUUGAUUUUUCCGAUUAAUUCGCAACACUUGUAUAGAGACAUGCUUCUAAUUUCUGAUUCGAAUGAAGAACAGGUUGUUGUUGUGACGGAAGACGAAAUGCAGCAAAAAAGUCUUCAGUUACUUUCAUAUUCAGCCUUGAGUAAAAUAUACGGUUUGAAUGUGAAAACCGACAUCUAUUUAAUAUCUCCCGAAUGUGUAAACGAUGAGCUUUUAUACAUUUCUAAAAUUGUCGAGAACAAUUCAGUGUCGGAAUUGCGUUUUCACAUGGUUUAUGAAACUGAUGCCGAACAGAGACUUGCAAGAUUGUUAAGAAAACGCAAAUAUGAAGAAGCUGAACGUUUUGCUGCUCUUUUCCACUUGGAUGCGAGUCUUGUGAACGAGGCAAAAGCCCAAGAUAUUGUCGAUAAAAUGACUUGCACUAGUGAAGAAAUCGACCAACUUAUCAAUCUUUUGAAUUUAAUCGACAACGAUGUGUUCAAACUGCAGUCUUGUUUGGGUGUAACUUGUAGUAAAUUUGAAGAUGUUCGUAAAAUACUCGAGUAUGGUUGUACAUUGCAAUUGAAGAAAGUGGACAACGAAGCUGAAAAAAUGCAAAACAGUGUGAUUGAUGUUAUGGCAAGGUUUGAGACGUUUGAGGCGCUUUCAAAAAGGGCUGAGUUGGAUAUACAUACUUGGCAACAAUUCGCAAACGCUGAUUUGAUGGAUGAGGUCAAGAGUUUCCUGCAAAAUCAUGAAAUCGAAGAAGCCAAAAUAAUUUACAGUCGCUUAGACGUCGCCACUAUCGAAACCCUAACUGACGACAAAAUUUCAGACAUUUUAAACAUCUUAAAUAUGCUACCACCGGCUACCUAUCAGUCUUUCCUAUCAAUUUUCAUUCCAGUAACACUUUCACUUUACCCUACAGCCCUUCCUCUAAUCGUUAAAUGGACACGCAAUAAAGUGUUUUCUUUGGAGCAACAUUCAAAGAGCGAUUUUCCAAGCAAUGCAAUUAUUUUAACGAACAAAAUAAUCGCAUUGAUGAAGAUGGGCGAUGUGGCCGAUAUUUCCUUUCAAAGACAACACAUUUUGCAUCGGGACAGUUUAUCCGAGUUGUUGGCAACACUGGAAAUUAUUAAAACACUUAAGGAGGAAUACAGAAUAAGUGUUCCGGUGCAAAAUUACUUGACAGGGCCUCAAAACGUAAUCAGAAUUUUGCUAAACGUUGAGAUGUGUCCCAAUGAUUUUGACCGGUUUUUGAGGAAUUUCUUGUGUAAAUAUAUUGUGGAUAAUCACAUGGACCCCAACGUUAUACUUUUAGAGGAAAUUAAAAACUUGAUGAAAUACGAUGAGAGAUAUUGGGUGAAUAUUAUUAGCCUGAUUCUGGACUGUAUUAAUUCGGUUGAAAUUAAACUGCAAGGUGUUCAAACUAUUUUGAAUUGUGCCAAAGUACCUUGGAGUGACACAGUUAGAAAAAUCGCCAAGGAUUCGUUACAAUUUUCGCAUGAAUUAACGCAAGAAAUUGUUAAAUUAAUCGAGAAUGAGCCGAGAGUAGUGGUAUUGAAAAGGAGUGAAUACAAGAUUAGGGAAAAUAACAUUGAAAAUCUCGAUCAUUUAAAAUUUAUUUUGAAACGGAUUAUUUAUUGCAACAGGCCGACGAUGGUCGAAGAUGUUUACACUCUUUGUACUGAAGCAAGUUAUAAACAGAUGGCUAACAACUUGCUGGCUACACAUUUCAUCAGAAAAGGGCGUUUUGAUGAAGCCUUGCACAUUAUUGACAAUAAUAAUGAAGACGUGCGACAUUUGUGUUUGUUGACCGAAACUAUAGUAAAAGACAAGUCGCGAUUUCUAGACGAAACGAUUAGUAAUUUUUACACAAUCGCAGGAUCACUUUUCAAGCGAUUGAACAAAAACUCGAACGAAUUCGAACGCUCUUUUAAUGACACAACUUUAGAUUUGAUCAAAAAUGUGUACAAUUUGAGAAAACAUUUCGGAAUAAGAACAACCGCUCUCAAAUCGCACAGCGAUAAGAACAAAAUCAUUGAUGAAAUCCUCGAAAAUGUGCGUUUGGAAUUCGAAAACGAGAAACAAACCAUCGAUGAAGUUUUUGCAACUUGUCACAAACUUUCGGUUUGUUUGAGUUGCGAUUAUCACGACAUUCUUCUACAUUUUUGUGAAAAAACUGGCGAUUAUAAUUUUAUUGUGAGAACGGCGGAAAAAUUCCACGAUCGCGAAACGUCCACUAGAAAUUUUUGUUUGAUGGCAGUUUUGCUGUUGAGAUACAUUGGAGCGUAUAAACUAAGUUUAGGGGACAGUUUUUCCGAUUCUGACAGGAGUUUGGUUGUUGCCGAUUCAGAGCGUGUUGUUAGCGAUGAUGUUUUUUGUAAAGGUUUGCGCAUAGCUGCAAGUAUUGUAGCCAAAGCUAUGGCUAAAGCAGAACCAGAUGAGCUUAUGCCGUGUAUGGAAGUUGCAAAUUGGGUUUAUGUUGCGUUCCAUUUCACUGCCAGUCAAGAGAGUGAUUUGAGUAAACUACUGUUUGGGAAUAAUUACAGGCCACUUCAAAUGGUUUCAGGAUUUCAUACUUUUUCAGCGAUUAAAUUGGUUUUUAACACCUUUUGUGGAUUUGUAGCCCAUGUAAAAAGCACGAACAGCGCCUAUUUGACCCACUUCAAAAACCAACCUCUAACUGAGGAAGAAUUUAUGCAUGAACUUCAACCUCUAAUCCCCAUAUUAGAAAACUUGAGUAAAGAAGGCCAACAUUACACCUCAUUCGUAAUCGUCUCGACUUUAACAAAUUGUUUGAUGCAAUAUAACCCACUAGCCAAAAAUCUAAUCAUAACCUUUGACAAAAUAUUGAAGAAGAAAUGUAUUCCGAAAUUAUUAUCUGUUGUUGUUAGUAGUAACACCAUCGAUACAGAUCUCCUAAACAAUUUAUUACAAUUAUGCGAUCGCGAAGAUGCAACAAAAUUCAUCGUAAACGCACUUCGAAUGUACAAAAGACAUCCAAGAAAAUUCGAGUGUCUCACUCGAACCGGCCUUAAAAUAUGCGAUCAUUACGAAUUAACUGAUUACAAACGCGUAAUGAUGGACUCAUUGAUCACCCUAAAGUGGUGGAAAAGAUUCGAAGGGCACAAGAUACCCUAUGAUAAAUUUUUCAAAAGCAAACCGGAACAACGCUUCGAAUUGCUGAUUAACACUUUGGAUUGUUUCCAUAUCGAGUGGCUCAACGAAUUUUGCAAGGACUACAAACUUGAGCCUCAAACUUGUUAUUUGUUCUACUUAAAGCGAGUGUUACAAAAUUGGAAACCCGACUAUGAAAUCAAAAGUGAUGAUACAAAUCGGCGAUUUUUAAUUGUAAAAAAUAGUGAAGUUGAAUUGUUAGCAAAGUGUCGUGAGAUUAUGCAAGGUUUAAACAACGAACAAAUUUCUGGCGUUGUUAGAACAGUUCGCAACUCGAUUAACACCUACUACUAUGAAGUUUUCAUCACGAUUUUGGAUAUUUUAUGCGAGAUUGACCCACAAGAGAGUCAGUUUAACGAACUGGCAAUGUUACAGUUCUUGAAGAAUUAUCAAAGAGUUAGUAAAGCUAGUCAAAUUGAGAUUGAACAAUGGUUUACGAAUUUUCCCGACGCUCAAACCGUUGAUGUCCUCUCCGAAUUUCGACUAGCUUUCACUCCUCUCCUCUUCACAAGCGAUAUCUUCACAAUAAUUCGUCCCGAAAUCAAUUUAAAGACCUACCACUUGUGGUUCAAUACAAUCGAAAUACUUCGCCCACAUUUGAGCAAAAACCAGAUUUGUUCAUACGUCGUAAAACACGUUGUUGCAAGUGGCGUUUUGUCGAAAAGUGACGAAACGUGGGUUUUGAACCCGAAACAUGACGAUUUGUUACGAGCCAUAGACGAGUGUGUUAACAACAUCACCGAUCCCGAACUGGCAACGUCGGUACUGUACCACGUGAUGACUAACACUUGUCCCGGAUUGGACCAAGUCAAGGCCGCCAGUCUGUGCUACAAAUAUGCCACGAAAUAUCGACAACUAAACCCCGAUUCGAGUGCGGUCGAGAAGGCUGUGACCAAAGUCGAGAAAAAAUAUUAUAUGUACCGUGCGUUGCACAUCCUGAAUGUGCAUCACUUGACUGAUUCCAAAUACAUUGAUUUGUUGACGCACCCGAAUGAUUUGAUCCUAGCUUUGUAUCUCGAUGAUCGCAUUUUGGACGAUUUUCAUUGUGUUGAGAUCAACAAGGCGAGCGAGGCGUUAGCCGAGCUGUUUCAGUUAGAUAUUAAAAAAAUUCGCUUGAAGUUGAUUAAUUCGUGGUUGGAUGAUCAGGCGUUGGUUGAUUUUGACUCCUCGGUGAUUGAAUCGAAUUGCAGUGAGGAGAGUUGUUUGAAACGCAUUGCAUAUAUUUGUAGCGGAGAUCAGGUGACUUAUUGGCAAACUGUUCUUUUGGAGAUUUGUCAGAAAGGCGAGAGUGUUCGUUGUAGAGCCAAUGCCUUGCGUGUGUUUGCGAUGAUUUCGGAUGUUGAAACUAUUGAGACAAUGGCCGAAAUGAGUUAUGACAAAUUGAUGUUGUUUAUUAAUAGGCUGACACUUGUUGGUAACUUGGAAUAUUUGGGAUUUGGUGUAGAUGUUGCCGUUCUGGACCACACAAAUAGGCAAUCCUUGUUGAAUCGGUUGGUGCAACAAGGUGGCAAUGCUUUCGCUAUUAAAACAAUGGCUUUGUACUGUAUGACGUACCAGAUUUAUGGUGCGAAAUAUUGGGAGUUUGUUUUAAACAACGCUGUCAAAUUUUCUUUGUUUACCGAAUUGAAAACCUAUGUUACGUUCCUCAGCAAAAGUAAAUUCCAGUACAAGGGUUUUUACAUAAAUGCUUGGCAAAAAUUGAUUGAUUAUUAUUUCUCCAACUUGAAUUGUGCCAAUAAUUUGGACCAAACACUCCUCAAACAUUUCCUAACAAUUCAGUCGUGUCCCGUUUUGUUCAGUCUUGAUUUUAAUCAUGCAUUUGCAAAGUGUUUGGAAGUUAAGAAAGCAGAAUUUGCCGCAGUUUUAUUACAAUACCUCCAAAAAAAUAACACCUAUUUUUCGAAUGUCGAGAAAGUACGUAAUUGUAGUAAGGAAAUAAUGCCAGGUUUGAAUUAUUUGGACCAGAAUGGAAUCUUGGGGAUAUCGAAUGUACGGGAGAUUUUGCAUAAUAGUGUUUAAUUAAUUUUCUAUUUUUUUGUUUAAUAAAAGAAUUCUCAAAAUAA